AGGUUGUGUCAGUGUCCAACAGACAAGAUGGCGGCGUCCUGCGGAAGGUUACUGGCAUCGUGGGUGGGUCGCAGUGGGCGUGUCGCUGGGCGUGUCCCCCGUGCCGUUGGGUCUCCUGUGCUGAGAAAUACGGCAGCCAUAACUCCUUCUAUUUGUGCCGCUCAGAAACUCCAGUUCAGCACCAGUUCCUUGCGGUUCGUUCCUGCCGUUACCCAGCAUGCUCCACAUUUUAAAGGCACCGCUGUCGUCAAUGGGGAGUUUAAAGACUUGAGCCUGGAAGACUUUAAGGGGAAAUAUUUGGUUCUCUUCUUCUACCCUCUGGACUUCACUUUCGUCUGUCCCACGGAGAUCGUGGCUUUCAGUAACAAAGCCAAUGAAUUCCAUGAUGUUAACUGUGAGGUUGUGGCCGUGUCUGUGGAUUCUCACUUCUGUCACCUCGCCUGGACCAACACCCCCAGAAAGAAUGGAGGGCUGGGUAAAAUGAACAUCCCCCUGCUGUCCGACCUGAACAAACUAAUCUCCCGGGAUUAUGGGGUUCUGCUGGAGGCUGCAGGCAUCGCUCUUAGGGGGCUUUUUAUUAUUGAUCCUAAUGGAAUAAUUAAGCACAUGAGUGUGAAUGACCUUCCAGUCGGGAGGAGCGUAGAGGAGACCCUCCGACUAGUGAAGGCUUUUCAGUUUGUGGAGACGCACGGGGAAGUCUGUCCAGCCAACUGGACUCCUGACUCACCAACAAUCAAACCCAGUCCAGAAGGAUCCAAAGACUACUUUGAGAAAGUGCACUAACCCCAAAAAGCCUGUGAAUUCUUCCUGUGACUCUUCCUCCAAUCAAUACAAAUGUAUAUUUUGUGUAGUUAAACAUUAGACCUAAGCUGCAGUGGUUAAUAACCAGGAAGUCCAGGAUCUCUGGUAUGCAUCGGGAUUCGGCCAGGAUUCAGCCUUUUUCAGCAGGAUUCGGAUUCGGCCGAAUCCUUCUGCACAGCCGAACUGAAUCCUAAUUUGCAUAUGCAAAUUAGGGGCAGGGAGGGAAAUUGCGUGACUUUUUGUCACAAAACAAGGCAGUAAAAAAUGGUUUCCCCCUUUCAACCCUAAUUUGCAUAUGCAAAUUAGGAUUCGGUUCAGUAUUCGGCUGCAUCUUUCACGAAGGGUUCGGCCGAAUCCAAAGUAGUGGAUUCGUUGUAUCCCUAAUUUCUGGAUAUCCUCACAUUCAUCAAUUACAAUUUAAUCGAGGCGCUGAUUAUAAAAGCAGGAGACUGGACACAUGUAAGGACUGGCUACUACUAAUUGUACUUCAUCUGUAGAAUAAAGGACAAAUACAG